AUGCCGCCGCCGCCGCCGCCGCCGCGGCCGGACCCGAUCACUUUGGACCAGGUCUUCGCCCAGCUCACCGCUGUGGAUGUCGCGUACGACUCCAAGGCAUAUCACCUCGUCGCCCUCAACACGGUGGCCUUCCACCCGUCCGUGAAGCUCUUCCUCUUCGAAGAACCGGCGGCAGCAGCAGCUCCGUCGUCUUCGUCGCCACCAGCGGCAGCGGUGCUCAACAAGCUACGCCGCGAGAAGCUGCUCAAGAACGUCGCCUUCAUGCUGGCGCAGCGGAACAACGCCGUAUGCCAUGAAUGCAGGUGGGAGACAGUGUCGCUGCUCGGGGAGCUGUGCCGUAUGGAGAGUGCGCACAGCGGGGCGCCAACGUCGGCGCUGGGGCAACUGGAGGCGAAGCUGAACAACUACGCCAAGGAGAACCUCGAGUACCUGGCGCAGCUGCCAUGGUUUCUGCCUGCCAUCAACAGUAUCAUCAAGGCCGGUGGCGGUACCGUAGACGACGAUGCCAGCGGCGAUGCGAGCGUAGCUGCAGCAACGGCGAAGAAAGCGCGGCAGCAAGGCGAGAACAGCACUUCCGCCGCGUCCUCCUCCUCGCACUCAGCCCUCAAGGAGAAGCUAAAGGCGGCGCGUGAGGCCGGCCGUCACAGUCGCGGUGGCGCAGACAUCGAUAACGGCAACGGGACUGAGGCUGAAGAGGGGGAUGAGGACGUCGUGAUCGCGCUGCUCGAUAUUCGCCGUGCCCUUCCCACCUGUCACCGUGUCAGCGGCGGCGGCGGCGAAGGCACCGACAACACGGAUGUGAUGUUCGAGUGGUCAGAUGCGAACAUCGAGCAGGCGCGUGACCUCAUGUUCGUCGACGCCUCGACCUCGAUGUUGCACCUUAUCCCGAGCGUGGCCCGCAGCUGCAGCGAUGUCUGUGCCCAAUGCCAGAAGCGGGUGCCGGCGACAUCCACAUCCGCCGCCGCCCCGCUGCUCCGCUGCAGCAGCUGCAAGGCCGUGUAUUACUGCUCCGUCGAGUGCCAGAAGACGCACUGGACGGCGGUUCAUCGGACGCCGUGCCGGGCGUACAAGGAGCGAUGCGACAGGAUUCUCGAGCAGUACUACGCCACCAACACGACCAGUGGUAAGAAGAAGGACCUCAAGACGGGCGAGGUCGUCAUCCUCGAGGUGCCGCUGGAGCCAAGCCUGUUCUUCGAGACUCGCCGCUACCUCUACGACCACCGCGAUGAGUCCUUCGCGCACGUCGACUACGCGGACUACUUUAUGAGGUACACCGUGCGGGGGUCGUAG